UAAUACAAAAUUAAGGUUCUAAUUUUUCAAAUGCUUCUCAAUUAAUAUAUAGGGGAUAUCAGAUGUAUAACUAAUUUUUCCUAUAUUUUUUCUUUUAAUUGGAAUAAACUGUUUUUUUUGUGUAGAUUUAACAACAUGUUGAAACCUAUUCAUCAUGUAUUUACAUCCAAGUUUACGCUAUUAUUUAUUUUUUUUCCUGGCUAAAAGAUUUUAUUAAUUAUUGUCAGCACAAAUGUCGUUGUACAAAAAAACUGGACAAGAUUUGAACAAGCUUCAAUCAGUCGGAGAAAUAAUAGAUUUUUUUUGCUAAUAAGUCAGCCAUUAUGUUGACGAUAAACGUGAUAAACAUGCACAAAUGAUGUUGAGAGAAAUCGAGACUUCCAUGCAAUGACUGAGUUGAUCAGGUGUUGACAAAACUGUAGGCUUCUUCUUUGAUGCAUUUAAGGAUACCGAGGUUAUCUCCUUCGAAUAUGAUUUUCCUAUAACCUAACGAUGUACGCUAUUAGAGCAUGUGCAUCGGGGCCUUUUAGCAGUUUCUUAGGGGGGGGCACAAAAACAUAAAAAUCGGUAACCAAAAGCGCCAUUUAAGGAUCGAUGUUUGAGUGAUCCUUGUACUGUUUUGCAGGCUCCACGACACGUGGCGGCCCGCGAUUGGUUCCAGUUUUUUUUUUUUUUUUUAUAAAUCAGAUAAGACAGAAAAAAAAAAUUAGAAACCCAUUUUGGGUUUUACCCGAUAAUCAUGGUCUAAUUUACUUAAAGAGAAUACUUCUGAUGCUAAUUUAAAAUACAAAAAAAUAAUGUUAGCAAAAUUAUAAUUAUAUAUACAGAAAAUGUAAAUAAUUUAUAACUUGCAGUUAAAUAACGUAAAUUAAACAAUGACAUCAUUGUUUACUUGUGCAGCAUGCAAUGUAUAUACAUCAUGAUCACCUUCAAUCUGUAUCUGUGUAGAGAUUUUCGUAAUUAUUUAGCCGAAAGACAGUUUAUACAGCAUCGAAAUUAAUAAAAUGGAAAGUCAUACAAUAAAAAAGUAAACCGAAUAUUUCACAAAUCAUUAAUGAUCUUUCGAGAUUAAUGACUGAAAAUAGAAAAUCUCAAAUUAGGUCUUGUAUAUAUUUGGAAACAUAAUGGACAAUAAUAAUAAUCACAACUCUUUUCAUUCAAUACACCAGUUACAGACACAAACAUAACGAUGGCUUCUUCUUCGUCUUUUUUACCUUCGUCUUCGUCGCUAGUUCGACAAAACCACUUCCAGAAAACUUCCUCUUUGAAAGCUACAAGCUUAGCUAAAAGACAAGUGACUGUCUUCAAGAAAGCUCGAGAGCUUUCAAUUCUCUGUGGAAUCGAAGUCUGCGUCAUCUAUUACGGAUCAGACGGAGAGCUUAAGACAUGGCCUAAAGACAGAGAGAAGGUCAAAGACAUGGCUAGAAGGUACAGUCAGUUAAGCGAUAUGAAGCGGCGCAAAGGACAAGACGAUCUUGACAAGUUUCUCAAGAAGAUUAAUAAAGAGGAUUCCAAGAAGAAGAAAGUGAAAGUUGAAUCCAGUUGCAAGUAUUUGGAUUGGGAUCCGAGGUUUGAUAACUGCUCUGUGGAGCAGCUCACGGAACUGAUCCAGUCCUUGGAGCAUAGUGAAACCAAACUGCAACAUAGGCUUCGAUGUGCUGUUGAAUCUCAGAGACAGAGGAAUAUGUAUUAUACUACCAUGGCUGGUCAAGAACAGAUGAAUCAUCUUCAACAACAUUCAGACCAGGUUUCAAUGGAUCAGUAUAACCAUGGAACCGGUACGUUACCGCAACUCCCAGUCUCUACAUCAGCUUUUAACCAGUCGCAAUCUCUAGCUCCGCUUCCGAAUUCACUGACGAUACACCAUAAUCCUAAUAUGGAAAGUUACUCGAGGUUACUUGGUGUACAAGAAACUGGAAUGAAUGAGCUCCUGAGCAUGACCAUGUUACCCUACAACAACAUCAACACCAACAAUGUUAAUGUUUUUCCAAACCAGUUUCAUCAGAACUCUUACAAUAUGGAAGAUUACUCCGGCUUUCUUGGGGGCAUCAACAACGUGAGUUCGGAAGAUUAUUCGGGGUUACUUUGGACGCAAGGUACUGGGAUUAGCGGGUUACAGAACAUGGACAUGUUCGGCUACAACAACAACAACAACAAUGCCUAUGGGUUUUCAAAUCAGCUUGUGCAAUAUCAAGGACAAAGAGCACCACCGGGUUUUCAAUACAUGGAUCGUUCAACACAAAACAUCAGACCUCUCUAGGAGAUUUGAUCUCUGGCAAUGUCUCUUAAUAACAUAUAGAAGCAUAUAUUCUUAUAUAUAUUUUAGAAGACAGUUAUCAUUCUCUGUCUUGUCAAUUGUGUCUGCACCGUGACAAACUAUAUUGUGAGUUUGGUUUUUGUGUUUAUUAACAAUAAUAUCUACAUGAGUGUCUCUAUUCAGCUUUUGCUAUUCUGAGACUUUUUAAUGAUAAUAAUUAAUGUUUGCUUAAUGGAAGCCUAUUUUGUUGUGACGUUCCCAUCUGUCACCUAGUCAUUAACAACUUGCAUUGAGAAAAACGAAGAAGUAGACUUCAACAAGAGAGCGUACUGCAAGAAGGAGGUCUGCUGCUGCGGAAGAUAUCAGCACUACGUAGAAGCUAGGACUAGAAUCAGAGUCUCACAGAAUAACAUUAACAGUUAUUAUUCUGAACAAGAUGAAACUAGGCAUGCAACAUUAUUUUCCAUAAUGGACAACCUAUAAAUGUGUUUGCUGUACCAAAACUCACUGACCGCUGGAGGAAGUCAACGUCAAGUGAUAGAUGCGCGGCUGCUGCAGGUUUCUCAGUAGGCUCGAACUUGAGCAAUCCUGGGAGUGGACAAGUUUAUCAAGAUAUAUCCAUCAUUUAAUCGUCGAGAAACUUGUUUGUUUCGGGCCAAAGUAAUGUGACCAGGGAACAUAUCAAUCAGAUUAGCAACAUGUCAGCAACUAUAGCGAAGUUUCUUGCAAAUGGACAGCCCAUACCACAGUUUACACAUCUAUUGCAGAUGUCUCUCUGAUUGGCAAGAUUAGGCAUGGGGAUUUUGGGGCCGUCGGAUCCGGUUCUAUUGAUUCAAAUUUUCGGAUUUUCCAUAUUAUUUUUAACUCCCAUUUGAGUUUUACUAAUAAUCUUGUCGGGUUUGGUUCGGUUCCACAAGAUUUGUAAUAUUUGUUGGCUGUAGAACUAUAACUGUAGUUAUCUUUUUUCUGUAAUGGUAGAUUUUUAAUUCUUAUUUUUUAUUGGCAACAAAAGGCUAUUCUAAGAUUUUUAAUUCUUAAAAACUUUUAGAAUUGAGCUGUGGAUAUUUGCCUCUCCGCAACACUUAUAAAGAGGUGGAUUAAAAAGGAUGUAAUUUAAAAAAAAAUAAUACUAGAGUUUGAACCCGCACGUACGUACAAAUAUUUUUUGAUUUAUAAAUGUAUAACUUUGAUAUUAUUUUAAACGUUUUAAAUAUAUGACUUAAAUUUUAAUGUUAUAUAUUGUGUAAGUCUAUAAUUUUCCUGUAUAGGUUGAUGAUAUAAUAUGUUAGCCAACAUUUGAGUAAAAAAUAUGUAUAAUUAAAAUCAUAUAAUAUAGCAACUAUAUGUUUAUAUAGCACUAUAGCUAUGAAAAUAUAAAAGGUUAAUUAUAUUAUAAAAAUCAUAUAGCUGUAUAACUAUAAUUUACCAAUCAUAAAUUCAUAUUAAUAGUCAAAACCGAAGCAAUGUUGCUGUAUAUUUCUGACCCAGCACAACUAAAUACAACAAUUCUAUUAGGCUUUUAAAAUUUUAAAUGCUAGAAUAAAUAAGAAACAAUUAACAUGUCCAUAGUUAAAUGUAAAGAAAUGGUGAAAAUUUUAGGGAUGUAUAGUUAGGAUGAAAUUAAUGUUGUUAACCAUAAAAAUAGGAGUGACACAUUUGUAAUAUUGAAAGUAAAUUAAAAGAAAUUCAAAAAGAUCUUAUUUUUAAAUGAAUUGAUAUCUAUUCCUAGUGAAAUAUGAAUAAGUACAAAACUUAAAUGAAAACAUUUAUAAGUAGAUAAAAAUAGAACUCUAAAUUAAUAGAAUAUACUAGAUUCUAACCCGCGCUUAGCGCGGGAUUAUAUUUAUUUUAAAUUUUAAAUUUAUGCAAAAUAAGUUUUAUAAAUGUUUUUACAAUUUGCAUUAAAUAUGGAGUUUAUUUUUGGUAUGUUCAGUUGAUUAUUUUAGAAUUUUGUUUUGGAGGAAGGGAAGUAUAUUCAAUUGGGAAUAUUAAGUUACUUGUAUCAAAAUGACAAAUUCACUAUUAUUCAAACAUGAAUUAAAAAAUUAUUUAAAAUUUAGUGUUAUUGAAUUUGAUAUUUUAUGAAGUACUCUGAAAUCCACUGCUACUAAAAAUAUUCCAAGUUGUGGAAUUUUAAUUUUUCAACUGAUUUUAGAGUGUUUUGGUGGAAUUUAUUAGUUAAAAAAAUUAAACUCAAAUCUCAAGGUUUUAAGUGAUAUUCUAGGAUGAUUUAACAAAAAUCACUUUAAUCACUGCAAUUCAUUAAAAUCAUCUAAAACUUUACUAAAAUCAAACUUCUUUUGCAAGAGACCCGUUAAUACAACUGAAUACUGAGCAUUGUUAUGUGAUCUUCUAAUAUCUUAAUAUAGCGAUACUUUAACACUGACAAAACAUUGUGUUGUCUUUUAACCAUUUUUAUUUUUCUAAAUAUAGCUACGAAAAUUAGUAGAACUGAUAUAUUUUUUCUAGAUCUAAUCAAAGUUUCCAUUGAAGGUUCAUAUCUCUCUUUAUUGCAACCAUUGGAUAUGAAAUUAUUUUGUAAGCAAAAGCUUUUUUUUAGCCAUCUUUUAAAUCCACAAGAGUGAUUUCAUGCAUUGAAGAAAUAUGGGAGGUGUAUUUGUAGUAUAAUGAAUUAGGUUAAAUCGUUGAGUACCAAAAAGUUUGAAGAAUAGCUAAUUUCACUAAAGUCGUAUAUUAUCUUCAAAAUUGUUAGUUAAAAAAAAACAUAUUUACAUAAUAUCAAAAUUUGUGAGAAAGUCAAAGAUUUCAGUUAGUAUUGUAUCAUAUAUUUAGGCACGUAUAUUUGUUUUACGUGUGAAAAAUCCUAUUUGGUUCAUAUAUAAAUAUUAGGAUUAACUCGUUUAAGUAAAUCAAUAAUAGAAAAAAUAAAAAGAUCAAGCCGGUAUAGUCUAUACACUUUACUUAUCAUAUUUUGCAACGACUACAAUCUUUUUGGAAUUGAACGUAGAUUAUUUGUUGGGUUAGAAAGAAUAUUUGAUGGUCAUAUAAUUUCUUGCAAUUUAGUAAACUCAUAUUAAGCCGGAUUGGUUUGGGUUGUGCUAACUAUUUGACAAUUUCUCUGGAUCAAGAAAAGAAAAUGGAAAAAAAAGCUUAGCUUCUUCAACUUUUGUUUAAUAUGGUUAUCAAAAUAUGACACAGGUAACUGAUUCAGCAAUGAUAGGAUAAACCAUAUUCAUGUUCUUUUGUGUGAUGAUGAUCGUGUUGGUAAGAGAGAAAAAAUCAAGGGUCAAUCAACUUAAAGCUAAGUUUCAUAUAUACGAAAAAGAAGUCCAAUGAGAGUUAUUCUAUUGCUAAUCUAAUUCUAUAUAACACUCGGUCUAAUUUUAUUUUAAUUUCGUAUUAAUAGAUUGGUUUACUUAUAACGGAUUACAUGUUGAUUUAGUAUAAGUUGUCCGGUUUUAUUGUCAUAGUAGUGUGUUAUAUAACUAUACUAGUGGUAUUCCGGCGCUAUGCGCCGGGUUCAGAUAUUUUAUUUUUUUAAUAAAUUUUAAAUUAAUUUUAUGGUUGUAGUAAAUAAAAUAUUUUUAAAUAUACGAAGAUGUAAAUAUGUUGAAAGAGAAUGAUAGUUUUUUCGAUUCAUUAGAUAGUAGUUAGCGAUUGUAGUGUAUCACUUUGUUUUGAAGUUGGUUAGGUCAAAGGAGUAUAGCAUAAGUAGUUUUCACUGAUCGAUUCAAUAAAAAUAGAAUAUAUAGCUGAUAGUCGUAAUAAAAUUUAUAUAGUUGAACUUUAAACAUAAAGUAAAGUUGAGGUUCGAAAAAGAAAAAUGUAGGGCUGUGCAAAUAAACUAAACCCGAAAAUCUGAACCGAAUCCGAUCCGAUAAAAAUGAAUCUGAAUCGACCCGAACCUGACAUAAAUACCAAAUGAAUAUUCUUUUAUGGUAUUUUGAGUUAUGAGUUUUAUCCGAACCGAAUAUGAACCUAAAUGGAUAUCUAAUAGAACCCGAAAUAUUCAAUAUCCCAAAAGGAAUUUAUACCAAACAUGAUUUCAAUUCCUAACAUUUCACGGAAAUUAGCCGCCAACAUCUUGCCAUCCACGCUGAUGAUGAGCUUGUUAUGGUUUGAGUAGUGAAUAUAUAUUUAAUUUAGAGAAUAUAAAUAAACUAUUAAGUAUCAUCUGUAUAGUACAUAAUAGUUACCGCAUUUUGAAUUUUAUUAUUGAGACUAUAUUUAAUUAAAACGUUUCAAAUGAAGUAUACAAACACUAAGUGAAUUUUACUCUGAAUUUAUUUAGGAUGAUCAAGCAUGAUGAAUGUUCUUAUUCAACCUUUUUUCUCUUGAGGUGUGUCCACGUUUCGCGAGAAUUUAUUUAAUUACUUUAAGUAUAUUAUUUCACAAAUGUUUUAUAUGGAUGUGAUUUUUUUUUUAGUUUUCUGUCAAAAAAUUGCUCUCAUAUCAUCUCUUUUAAAUUAUUGUCAUUCAUUAGCAUAGUGUUUACUUUAUGGUGUUUACUUGAUUAACGAAAACAACUUAAGUUAUAUAUUUAUAUGUUUUCAAUACAUGAAUGGAGUAUGUUUUAGAUAAAUAAAGAUGGAAAAACAACUUCAUAUUUGUGCUUUAUAUCAUUCAUUUUUCUCUAUUUUAUAGGGUUUCUCACUAUUCACGCAAAUAUAUAUUAUAUUUGUAUUGCUUGUUUCUGACUAUUUUGAAAAUUUUGGUUCUAAUUAUGUAUUACUUUUGGUGAUGGUUUCAAUAAUUUUAUUAGUUUUUCUUGACUUUAUUUUAAACCAAAAAGAAGAAAAAUUGAUGAGUUACAAUAUUUUUGAUUUUAAUUUUUGUCUACUUUGGUUUGACGCAAUGCAAGAAAACAAUAUUGUAAAUGGCUUAGUCUAAUUUUUGUUGUUAUGAAUUUCUCCAAUCUUUUCUUAAAUUUAUGUAUUUGGUGUUAUAUUAUGUAUGUUGGAUAAAUUAUAUAUUUUGAUAAAUUUCGUGUUAUAUUUGUUAUAUCUUUUUAUUUUUCUCUUUCAAACUAUUUUUUAAUUUUAAUUUUGGAUUAUAUAUUAAUCAUUUAUUGAGAUUUUGUUAUUCUUAUUUAUUUCUCAAAACUUGAGUUUAGUGAUUAAAGUGGGGAAAUGUAUGUCAGAUUAACUCUUAUAUAUUUUAGUUGUCUUGAGUUUGAUGAAAUGUGAAAUUAAUAUCACAAUGUAUUUUUUUUUAUGAAAGUUCCUUCUUUUUCUAUUAAUUUUUUUUAUUGUAAGUAGCCUCUUUGAUAAGGUGAGGAGAGCUUGAAAAGAGAAUGUUUAACCUUGUUAAUAUGAUUACGGAUCGAAAUUGAAAAUUGUCUUCUUUUUUUUUUAUAUAGACCUUGUUUAAAUCUAUUUCUUUUAAAAAAAAAACUCAGUGUGGUGGUUGUUGUUUCAAUUAGUAACUAGAUUUUGACUUGCGCGCCCGAGUGUAUUUUUUAAAAAAUUAUGAUGCUGUUUGUUUUUAAUGUCACUAUUUAGGGUUAGGCAAAAAACUCGAAUUCGAAGAACCGAACCGAUCUCAAUCCGAAUAAGCAGUACGAAAUCCGAACUGAAAUUGAUUAAAUAUCUGAAUUAUUCAAAUUUUGGUAUUUGAAGAACUGAAACCUAAUCCGAUCCGAACCGAAG